AUGAAGGUUGAAGAGCUCGCGCCAGCUCUUGCCGACGCGCUCGGUAAAAUUGAGCUUCAAGAGCGGCUUGCAGAGUCAAUGAUAAGACUCAGUAAUACGUUGCCGAGUUUCGAGGCCUUCGAAUUGGCCUGCUCAGGGUUCGGUCGCUUCGACAGCGGUCUGCUUCACAGAGUUUUCGACUCCAGAAAUGCAAUUGAGCUCGAGCCCACUGAGUUAAAUGAACUAGAUGAACCCGAAGACUCUGAGGGCUCUGAUUUGGAACAAGACAGGGCUUGGUACUGCGACGAGCCCGUAGUCCCUCAAAUUGAAGAUUUCGACUCGAGCAGAAAGGUCCCGCGCGAGUUUGACGAUGAAGAGCAUUCAGCAUUCAGAAUCUUUGUUUCCAAUCUGGUUCCUGACUUUCUACGCUCUCAAAAUAUAUAUUCUACAUCCAAAAGCCAGGUGUCUCCCGUCAGGGACCCGGAAAGUCAGUUGGCCCGUCUCGCCAAGGCAGGCAGCGAGAUGGUCAGAUCUCAGAGACAGAAACAUGAAAGAAGUAUGCAAGCUCGCAAUGCAUCAAACAUCGAGGGCAGUAUUCUUGGCAAGAUCAUGGGGCAAAGUAAAAGGGAAGCAGCAGUUACCACGACGGCUGUUAAACGGGUUAAGGAACGAAAGCUCAGCAGGGAAGAGAUCUUAGCCCAGAGACAAAGUUUACCAGCGUUCGCGAUGAGAGAAAAGAUUUUGAGCACAAUUAGAGAGAAUCAAGUUGUGAUUGUUAUCGGAGAAACCGGUAGUGGUAAAACAACCCAGCUCACCCAGUUUCUCGCCGCAGACGGUUAUGCUAGGCACGGGGUCAUCGCUUGCACCCAGCCAAGACGUGUAGCAGCCAUGUCGGUUGCUGCUCGCGUCAGUGUGGAAAUGGGAGUAAAGUUAGGUGAAGAGGUUGGUUACUCGAUCAGGUUCGAAAACGAAACUAGCGAAAAAACCAUCAUCAAGUAUAUGACUGAUGGCAUACUUCUUCAAGAAAGUUUAAAUGAUCCUCUCUUGGACAGAUACUCCUGCAUUAUUAUUGAUGAAGCACACGAACGUGCUUUGAACACGGACAUCAUACUCGGUCUGUUGAAACGUGUAUUGGCUCGACGGACGGAUCUCAAACUUAUCGUCACCUCGGCCACUAUAAACGCCAACAGAUUCAGUUCAUUCUUCGGAGGGUCCCCGUUGCUCAAAAUCGAGGGAAGAACAUUUCCAGUUACCUCGAACCAUUUAUUAACAAUGCCCGAUGAUCAUGUCGCAGCCAGCGUAAAGCAAGUUCUGUCAAUUCAUUUGCAGCAGGCCGCUGGUGACAUUUUGGUAUUUAUGACCGGCCAAGAGGAUAUCGAGGCUACUUGCAGUAUUUUAGCCGAAAAAGUGCAAGCAAUGGAGAACGCCAAACCCCUGGAGAUUCUUCCUAUUUAUUCGCAGCUCCCAGCAGAUUUACAAGCCCGCGUGUUCUUGCCUGCGACGCCAGGAGCUCGUAAAGUAAUUGUUGCAACCAACAUUGCAGAAACAUCUCUUACUGUCGAUGGUAUACGAUAUGUUAUUGACGGUGGCCUGGCCAAAAUUAAAGUGUACAAUUCUCGCCUAGGAGUGGAUACGUUUCAGGUUGUGCCUAUAUCCCAAGCUAAUGCUGCCCAGCGAGCAGGUCGUGCCGGCCGAACAAGUGAAGGCUUUUGUUAUCGCAUGUACACGGCUGAUGCCGAGAAAAAUGCCAUGUUUCCGCAAACGAUCCCAGAGAUCCAGAGAACGAACCUUGCCAAUACCAUGCUCACACUGAAAGCCUUAAAUGUCGACGAAAUAUAUGACUUUGAUUUCCUUGACCCGCCGGAAAGCAGCAGUGUCUCGUCAAGCUUGUAUGAGUUAUGGGCGCUGGGGGCGCUUGACAGUGAAGGUAAACUUACGGAGCUGGGAUUAAAGCUGUCUAGGUUCCCCAUGGAUCCGUACAUGGCUCGAUUGAUUGUGUCAGGGGUGGAAUGCAAUUGCUUAGACGAGAUGCUGUCCAUCGUUUCGAUGAUGUCGGUUCCAAAUGUUUUUAUCAGGUCUGCCGAGCGGGCCAAAGAAAGCGAUACUGCUCGAGAGCGUUUUCUUGUAGCGGAAAGUGACCACCUCACUUUACUGAAUGUGUAUAGCCAGUGGUUGGCAUUCGGUAAAAGUGAUCAUUGGGCGACAGAACACUUUUUGCAUUCCAAGUCGCUCAGACGUGCUCAUGAGACACGGCAGCAGCUUGUCAAGUUGGCCAGAUCUUCUUUUGGAAUAAAGAAUGUGGAGAAAGCAAAAUCACUUGAUGACGUUCGCCGUUGCGUGUGCUCCGGUUACUUCCACCAAGCUGCCAGAACCAAAGGGUUGCAAACGUACCAAGGCAUCCGAAACAAUGUUGUAAUGAAAAUCCAUCCAACUUCGGCCCUUUAUGGCCUAGGGUCUUUGCCCGAAUACAUUGUGUAUCAUGAAUUGAUUCUGACAAGCCAACAAUAUAUGACUGUGGUCACAGCUGUUGACCCGGAAUGGCUUUUAGAAGAUGGCAAGGCAUUGUACACAGCAGAUGAGCAUUUCGUGCCAGCAAUUGAAGAUUCACAGCAAAAAAAGGCGCAACCAGUUUUCAAAAAAUCUAAGAGCUCGAAUUUCAGGGCCAAAAAAAAGUUCAUGAAAGGCGUGUAG